AUGCAGGUGGUCGAAAGGUGGAAAUUGGCCCUGGAACUCGCAGAGCGCAAUUUUUUAGUUUAUGUUGUUACAGGUGAUCCCGGUAGCGACCACUUCUUCCGGGUUUUCUCGGACAGUUGGCGUGAGGUGUCGCACGCAUUGUUUCUGUGUGCACCGUUCUUGUCAGCAGUGCUGCUACUGACAGUUGUAAGAAGCUAUAGAGAAGAAGUGAUACAGUGCCUAAGAAACAUCGGGAGCUGUAGCCGGUGCAAAGAAGCGGAGAACAGGGUGGAUUAUAACACCGAAACGAUGCGUUCCAUAAUCGCUGAACAGACACGGGCGCGGCAAUUCCGCAAUUACACUUCUAAUAUCCUUAUUCUUUAG